CUCUGUUAUUGGAAUACUAUGGAUUCUUGGAAAGUACAGCUGGCUGUCAAAAGUUUUAAAAAAUAACGUGUUACUUUAGAAAAUAGAGAUUUUUUUAUUAUAUAAAUAAAAUCAAGACGAUCAAUCGGAAAAUCGGAUCAUCAUGUUAACUGCUGCAGCAAAUACUUUAUCAAAUAAUGGUGGAUCAUACAGUAGUGAUAGGCCAUCAAGUGCAGGAGAUCCAGAGCUUGCAGCAGAUCCUGCAUCUGGUGGAUUUUUCCACUCUGAUUACAAAAAACAUGAAGAUUUAAAGCAAAUGCUAGAUAGCAACAAAGAUGGUUUGAAGUUAGAAGCAAUGAAGCGUAUAAUAGGGAUGGUGGCUAAAGGAAGAGAUGCAUCUGAACUUUUUCCGGCAGUAGUAAAAAAUGUUGUAUCAAAAAAUAUUGAAGUAAAAAAGUUGGUAUAUGUAUAUCUAGUUCGUUAUGCAGAAGACCAACAAGAUCUCGCACUCUUGUCAAUAUCUACAUUUCAAAGAGCUUUAAAAGAUCCCAAUCAAUUGAUAAGAGCCAGUGCUUUAAGAGUUUUAUCUAGUAUCAGGGUUUCUAUGAUCGUGCCCAUUGUGAUGCUUGCUAUUAAAGAUUCUGCUAGUGAUAUGUCACCGUAUGUACGUAAAACCGCAGCACAUGCUAUUCCUAAAUUGUAUUCUUUAGAUCCUGAACAAAAAGAAGAAUUGAUUGGAGUUUUAGAAAAACUUUUAUCUGACAAAACAACCCUUGUUGUUGGUUCUGCAGUAAUGGCUUUCGAAGAAGUAUGUCCAGAAAGAAUAGACUUGAUUCAUAAAAAUUACAGAAAACUAUGUAAUUUAUUAGUUGAUGUUGAUGAGUGGGGUCAAGUAGUCAUAGUUAACAUGCUCACAAGAUAUGCCAGAGCACAGUUCAUUAACCCUAAUAUAGAUAGCUUGGAAGAAGAUGAAAAUCGUCCAUUUUACGACUCGGAUUCAGAUUCCUCUAAUACGAAAAAACCAAAAUUUUCCAUAGAUCCUGAUCAUCGAUUGUUAUUACGAAAUACGAAACCGCUUCUACAAAGUCGUAAUGCUUCAGUUGUAAUGGCAGUAUCACAAUUAUAUCAUCAUACAGCAGCACGUAGUGAAGUUAUGAUUGCAGCAAAAGCAUUAAUAAGAUUAUUAAGAGGUCAUAGAGAAGUCCAAAGCAUUGUACUACAUUGCAUUGCAAGCAUGUCAAUUACAAGAAAGGGCAUGUUUGAACCCUUCCUGAAAUCAUUUUUUGUAAGGACUUCAGAUCCCACACAUAUAAAGCUAUUAAAAUUAGAUAUAUUAACGAAUUUAGCUACUGAAACUAGUAUCGGGGUAAUACUAAGAGAAUUCCAAACAUAUAUUUCAAGUAGCGAUAAAGAAUUUGUCGGAGCUAGCAUCCAAGCUAUCGGUAGAUGCGCCAGUAAUAUAAAAGAAGUUACAGACACAUGUUUAAAUGGUUUAGUUUCUUUGCUAAGUAACAGAGAUGAGGCUGUUGUAGCAGAAAGUGUUGUUGUAAUAAAAAAAUUAUUGCAAACGCAACCAAAUGAACACAAAGAUAUUAUUGCUCACAUGGCUAAAUUAAUGGAUUUUAUAACAAUACCGCAAGCAAGAGCAUCUAUUUUAUGGUUGUUAGGUGAAUACUCAGAUCGCGUACCAAAAAUUGCACCUGAUGUUUUAAGAAAAAUGGCAAAAAAUUUUAUUAACGAACAAGAUAUUGUUAAGUUACAAACUCUUAAUUUAGCUGUCAAAUUGUAUUUGAACAAUCCAAUGCAAACUAAGCCAUUUUGUCAAUAUGUCUUCCAACUUGCAAAGUAUGAUCAAAAUUAUGACAUCAGGGAUCGUGCACGUUUUCUGAAACAUUUUAUUUUUUCUGAAGAUAAUGAAACGAAAAAAAAGCUUCCUGAAUUUGCAAAAAGGAUUUUCCUAGCUCCAAAACCAGCACCUACACUAACUUCAAGGUUUAAAGAUUCAGAAUUUCAAUUGGGUACUUUAUCUCAUUACUUAAACAUGCCUUGUGCAGGAUACCGUCCAUUGCCACCUUUCCCUGAAGUAGCACCAGAUCCAUCUGUUAGAAAUGUAGAACCAACAAACGUACAAGAUAUAAAAGAACAAUAUAAAUAUACUCGAAAAGAAAGAAAAGAAAAAAAGCAAAAAGCAAAGGAAAAGCCUUUUUACAGUGAUGAUGAAAGUACUGCUGAAGAAGCAGAAGAGGAUGAAUCUUUGGAAACUUCAGCAAGUGAGAGUUCUGACGACGGAAGCGAAUCCUCUGAAUACUCUGAAACAGAUAAGUCUGAAAGUAAUGAAAAAAAGAAAAUUAUAAAACGAUCCGAAGAAUCUGACAGUAUGACGGAUAGCGAGGAAGAUUCAGAUUCUGAAGAAGAUAGUGAUUCUCAGGAUAGUGAUGAAGAAGAAGAAGAAGAGGAAAAAGCUAUUAAACCAGAAGAAAAAGAGAAACCAAAAAGCAACUUAGAUUUACUUUUAGAUUUAGAUGAUGUUGUACCAAUGACACCGAUAAUGACACCGAGUUUAGGUGGUUUUUUAACGCCUAUUAAUCCAACCGCAACAGAUGGCAUUAGAGAAGUCUCUACCUCUUUUAUACCUAUUAAAAAAUAUGAGAUGUUGAAUAAUAUUACAGGGCAUGGUUUGAAAGUAGAAUACAGAUUUACAAGGUCUCAACAUUUAGUUAGCCCUCAUUUAAUUAGCAUCGAAUUAACAUUUACAAACGAAGGAAAUAAACAAAUCAAGGAUAUACAGAUUGGAAAUAAGAAUCUUCAAAAAGGAAUGCAGAUUCACGAGUUUAUGCGAAUAUCAUUAUUAGAAAUAAAUUCCACUCUAUCUUCUACACUAGGUGUAAAUUUUAAUGACUCUAUGCAACCGGCAAACUUUAACAUUGAUUUUACAAUCGACGAAGAGAAAUAUUCGUGUCCGGUGACUAUUAAAGCUCCUAUCGGAGAAUUAAUCAGAUCAGUUUUAUUACCAGAAAAUAUGUUUAAUAACGAGAAGGCAAAAUUAAAAGGUAUGAAUGAAAAUACAGCAAAAAUAUCAUUUUCGGGGAAUAGGAAAUAUCUAUCUGAAAAAAUUUUCGAAACGGCGAACGUUGCAAUGAUAUCGAGUGAAAAUGAAAUAAUAAGAUUUGCUGCUCAUACUUUGGCAUCUAAAUCAUUAGUAUUAGUAACGAUAAAAAUCAUUGACACAGAACAUUUGGAAAUUAGUGUAAAUUGUGAAAAAAUGGUUAUAGGCUCUAUCUUAUUAAAUGAGUUUAAGAGUAACUUAAAAUGAAUGAAAUGUUUCCUAUAUAUAUAUAUAUGAUAGGGAUAUAUCGAUAAAUAUAUCAUAUAUUAAUCAAA